UGUAAAUUCAUAUUCUCGCACUAACAACUUUAUAUUAUGGUAUGGUACAUAUUUUUUGAAUGUUUAUGGUUUUCUCCUUCCAUGCAUCACCACUUACUAAGAAAUUUAUGUGCAACCCACAUUAACUACCUUGUUGCUUGGAUAUAUAGCAUUUUAAUACUUUCCUCUUGAAUGAACACUUUUUUUUUUGCUAUAAAUUAUUAAUUUAUCUAAUUAAUUAGUCAUUAAGUUUGAGAUAAAAACAAAUGAGCGGAAGUAUAGCAAAAUUAUUUUAAUGAAUUUUUCCCUUUUCAGGCCUAAAAGGAUGUUGCACGUUGUUCUAUUGGUAUUUUUUAUUUUCUUUUUGGUAUGCGGAAUAGAAACCUAUGGUAUUGGUGAGAAUACAAAUAUACAAAUCUCACAGACCCUUUUUUGCUCAUUUUUUAUAUUAUAAUUGCAUGUUGCUAGGUGUAAAUCCAUCAGUAAAAUACGCUCGAGUAAAUGAUACAUUCGAAAUCAGUUGUUUUGUUCCUCAAUCUGGCGGAAAAUUAGAUUUCUAUGAUGGUGAUGAUCUCGUACCUGAAAGCUUUAUUAAGAGAUUAAAUGAUUCAUGCAUUAUUUAUGUAAAUGCAUGCACAAAGGCUACAAAGAAGAAUAUCACAUGCAAAAGAGAACAAAAUAGUAUUGGACUAAGUGAGAUAUAUGUUGAGGAUAAAUUUGCUCCUGUCCAUGAUUUCAAAUGUCGAACAAAUGAUUUACAGAAUCUUUCAUGUACUUUCCAACAACCUCCUAGCUAUCAUCCAAUAACAUAUCGCUUAUCAUAUACUAUUCGCAGUGGAGAGAAAUUCAAUUGCAAGCUAAAACCAAAUAUGAAAGGUGGCUAUUCCUGUAAUAUUACAGUAUCAGAAGAGCCUUUGAAGUCAAUUUUUAAUUUCACACUUCGUGGGCAGACAGAGUUCUUCAAGAAAAGAGAGAACUUUGAUAUACAGUUAAUGGAAACAUUGUUGCCUAAGCAAAUUGAACAAGUCGAUGUGCAAUUAUCUAAACCUCAUGAUACUUCAUUGUCAAAUAAAGCCUUUGUUAUGUUUUCGUUGCCGAGUUACCUAGAAUCUGUAGCAAAGGAGUUGAUGUUUGAAGUUAAAAUUAAAAGUAAAUACGAUGACGAGUGGGAAAGAGUAAUCAUUAAAAAUUUCGAAAGUGACAGCUAUAGUGAAAGAAAAGUUCUAACUUUAACAAACAUUGAAUUGGCAAACACCAUUUAUCAAUUAAGAAUUCGCAUGAAAACAAAACUUUCGAAGGAUACGGAUGAAAUGUGGUCACCAUAUAUAGAAAAAAGUUUUAAAACUCACCCAAAACUUCCUGAAAACCUCCCAAGCGUAUGUAAUAAUUGUUUUAAUGUUAUGGAAAGUGGAAACAUUUAUCUGUACUGGACAGAGGUUCCAAGGUCAUAUCAAAAUGGAGACAAUUUUUCAUAUUUACUUCGAAUUUUUAAUCCGAGAACAAACGAGUUGCUGAAUGAAACAUUUUCAACAAAAACAUCUCUUAUGAUAUCAAAUAGAAUUAGCUACAAAGUGCCACAUUUGAUGGUUCAUAUAUACAGUUCAAAUUACGAAGGUUUAUCUAAGAAUUAUGCCUCAGUUAAUGUGUAUGGAAAUAAACCGAAAAAUUUUCUUCACAUUAAAAAAGAAUGGAAAGAUAUAAACAUUGGAUAUAAAUUGUCAUGGAGACCAUACGAUAAGAUCAUUGAUAUUGUUAAUUACACGAUUGUAUGGUGUCAUCAAGUUAGUGAAUUGCCAAAUAAAUGUGAUGGUUCAAUAAAGUUUUUAGAUGUACCUCCUUUUGAAACGCAAUUUUAUCUAAACACGUCUAUUUCACAUCACUUUGGAAUUGCUAUUAAUACAAAAGAUGGACGAGCAAGGGGAAUUCAAUGGGCAAAAUGUACUUCAUCGAAACCGAAUGAAAUUGGAACUUUACAUUCAAUAUGGGCAAAUUAUUUCAGUGAAAAUUCAAUUGUCUUCAGUUGGGAAUUGAAUUGUGCUGAUAAAGAUAUAAUUUCAGCUUACAGCAUCAAAUACUGCAUUGUUGCCGAUUUUGAUAAAAAAAUGUGUUUGGAAAAUGAAAACUACGAAAUGUUAAAUGUAAGCAAAGAUGAUCAAAAAAAUACAAAUCUAUAUCAAAUUUCGAAUUUAAAACCUUACAAAAUUUACAAUAUAUCGAUUGCAUUGAUAAGCAUAAGUAAACGUUCUGGUGCCUUCUCCAAACCAAUUAUGAUACGGACUUUGGAAGGAUCACCUUCUGCUCCUCAAAAAUUAAAAAUUAUCGAUGUAAAAUCAAAUUAUAUUGAUCUUCAAUGGAAUAAACCUGCUGAAGUUAAUGGACCAUCGCUUACUUAUCAACUUUGGUAUAAUGAAAGAAUGAUUCACAUUGACAAUAAUGAGACAAUGAACGAUACAUUUCAUUAUCGUAUAAAUGACUUGGAAUCGUUUACAAAUUAUACAAUAACAGUUGUAGCAUGUACAAGAAACUGCUCGACAUCAAGUGGUAGCGUAAUUCAAAGAACAAGAAUAGGAAAGCCGGGUCGAAUUAACCUCAUUGAUAUUAUUGGACAUAAAAAUGGCAGUUUGGAGUUAAUUUGGAAGAAACCGAAGAAUUUUGGCGGCUACUAUGAAUACUAUUUACUUAAUGUUUCAAAAUAUACUAGAAAUUUUUUAUACAAAAUAUCGAGUAAUCGAAAUUCGUGUAUUAUUCAAGAAUUAGGCUGUGAUAAUGAUAACUAUUUAGAUUUCUAUAUGAGAGGAGUAAAUGUAGAUUAUACAAAUUCAGAAAUGCAUUAUGCAGCUGUAGUUGAUUCAGAAAAUUGUUUGGCUAACAAAAUGGAUAGUAAUGACGUGAAAGAAGAUGAUAAUGAAGAAGGCGAAUUUUAUGGUGAUCUUUCUCUUCUCCUUCACCCAUGUACAAAUAAGUCAAGUAUUUUGCUUUUCACGCUUUUAUUAAUUGCUGUAGUUCUUUCAAUAGUUUUAAUAUUCACCAGCGGAAUUAAACUCUACAAAGCUUUUAAAAAGUUGCAAGGCAUGAAAGAUAUUAAAAUUGUAUGGCCUGAUGGGCUUGAUCCUAAUGGGACUAUAAAAGGUGAAUCGAUAUGCUCAUUAGCUGAUUUUGAUUUGCUGAAAACAUGCAAAAAUUUAGAGAAAAUUCGUGAAGAAAGUUUUAAAGAAUUGGAACUUUACGAAAAUGAUUUAAAUUCAAAAGAAAUUCAAGAAAAGCUUUCCGAUGAAAGCAACAAAGAGCUAUUAGCUCCUUUAUUCACAAAAAGUCAAACGCUUGAUGUGAUUUGUGAUGGUCCGAUAGUCAAAACAAAAUCGCUUUCUGUUCCAACAUCUCCAUUAAAAAAUGAUCCUAAUAUUGAUAGUAGAACUGGUUAUGUUAAAAUGCAUCAGCCUCAAAAAUCACCAACUAACGUAUCAGUAGGAGGGUAUUUAGAUAUGACCGGAAAAUCAUCAAAUCCGUACAUAAAUCAAAGUCAUAUGUUAAAUUCAAAGGACAUUAAAUCUUUUAUUCGAGACUCCCAAAUGAAUAAUGGCUACAUACAAAGGAACUCGAUUAAAAAUUCAUUGCCUAUAAAAAAUUCAAGUGGCUAUAAUGCAUCAUUCAUUUUUAUCAAUACAUCAGAAUGUACUCAGUAUGUUACAAAAGGAUGGACAGAUCCAAAAGGUGAAAUAAAUAUUGAGCGAGGUACAAAACUAAGGAUAAAGUGUGUUGUUGAGAAUAGUGAUACAGACAUAAGCUCGCAACUUACGUUUAAGAAUAAAACAACGCUCAUAGAUCCACAAUAUAUUCAUCGAAUAAAUGAUACAGCCAUAGAAUUGGUGAUUCCAAAAGUGCCUGAACAAGAUACGAUGUUUGUAUGCUAUCUUGGAAAUAAUGCAGUUACAUACAAUGAAAUUCGUGUUGGACGUAAACCGGAUAGGAUUGAGAAUAUCGAAUGUACUUCAAAGAACUGGAUGUUCAUGACAUGUACUUUUAAGAAGCCACUAAAUCCAGUUAUUGUCAAUUAUGAUCUCAAAUAUCGUAUAAAGGAUUCAAAUCAAGUUCAUGCAUGCGUUCAGCCAGCAACAAAGGAUUCCAGCAUAUUUAAGUGUGAUAUUUCUGCUGAUGCAUAUCGAAAGACGAGUCAACGAUUUGUUUUUAUGCUUUAUGCAUCAAAUCGCUUUGCAAGUGUUAAUCAAACAUUUGAAAUCGACAAUUGGGCUAACGUAAUACCAGACAAACCAGAAAGAUUCAACAUAACUGCUACAUAUUCGGAUAGAAUUGAAGUUGCAUGGAAUGUACCAUUAAAAUUGUCAGUUUUCCCAGAAAGAUUUGAUUUUGAAUUCCUCAUAAACUCAACUGUUGAAUGCGGUGAAAGUCGAUCCAUCUUGUUACCAAAUUUCCCAGAAAAUCAUGAAAUUGAAAAACGUAAAACAUAUGUUUACAGCAUUCCAGUAAGAUAUAGCCACACAUGGUACGACAUAAGCAUUCGAAUGAAAGUAUCAACAGCAGAGAAUAUUGAGAAAAUGUGGAGCACAUGGGAGACAAAGCAAACAACAUCAGGAUCACGGUCUCCAGACAUUCCUCCGGAAGUUGAUGACGGAGCAUUUAAUAUUCAUCCAAAUGGUGACUUGUAUGUCUAUUGGAAGCAUCUCCCAAAAUGUCUUUGGAAUGGAGAGAAUUUUGGAUAUGUUAUCAAGUCAGACGAUAAGAUGAAUGAAUUGCCAUUUGAAAAUUCAACCAUUCAUGCUGUUUAUCGACGCGGAACAAUUAAUAGACAAAAAGAUACAAAAAUAACAAUUCGUAGUAAAAAUGAGGUUGGUGUAUCGAUGAAUGUGAGUGAAAUUAUCAUUCCUGGAGAAACGCGAUUACUGGAGGGACGAGAAGAAAUAAAGUUCAAUAAGAAAUCAAUCAAUGGUACAUAUUAUUUGUCAUGGACACCACCAGAGCGUAUCAAAGAUGGAAUAAAAUCAUAUACAGUAUUUUGGUGCCCAUCAAAGACCGAAUUAAUAAACCAAUGUGAAAGUUCAAUUGAUUUUAUUCGUCUAUCGCCUUCAGAAACAAGCUUUGAAUUUAAGUCGGAUCAGACAAUUAAUUUUGCGAUUUCUGUAAAUUCUCCUACAUCAACAACUGGUAUGAUUUGGGCAAAAUGUACAACGGCAAACAGCCAAGAAAUUGGAAAAAUUUCUACAGUCAGAAUAUCGCAUUUGACAUCAUCUGAAAUCGGUAUGGAAUGGGGAUUAGAUUGUACAGAUUCAGGAAUUGUUGCUGGCUAUCAAAUUGAAUAUUGUCCCACGAACAAACCGAAAACAUUAGAAUGUAUGGAGCCUGAAGUAAAGAAAAAUAUAACAAUUGAAGGUACACAAUACAUUUUGGGUGGACUCACGCCAUACACCACUUAUAAAAUCAUCAUUCGGAUGUUUUCAAACUCAACAAUGGGACCGCCAAGUGAACCUUUGGCGAAUACUACGCUCGAAGCUCCUCCAUCACCAGUGCAGAACUUGAUAGCACGAAAUGUAAGAAACACAACUGUAGAUAUACUCUGGGAUCCUCCAUUACAUUUUAAUGGUGUCUUAGUUGUUUAUGAGAUUUAUAUCAAUGGAAUAUUAAAAUAUUCUCACAACACAACUGUUAGAUCAUUUACAAUUGACAAUUUAUUGCCAUACACAAAAUAUGACAUUGCUGUACAAGCAUGUACAAAUAAAUGUUCCGAAUCGGCAAAGACUAAUAUACAGACAGCAAUUGGCGCGCCAGGAAAGUUUGAAAAGCAACCAACAAUUGUGAAUAAGGGAGCUACAAAUUUAUUCAACAAUAGCUAUACAAGUGGAAAUAUUCAAUGGGAAAAGCCUAUGUAUAAAGGUGGUAAACUCGACUUUUAUGAACUAAAGACAACUUUCCGAGGUACAGAUAACAGCAUUCAAGAGAGUACAGUUCGGUUAAAGGCACAAAAAUGUUUUAUGGAAAAAUUGUGUGUCAACAACGUGACUGGAGUUUAUCAGUUUUCAGUACGUGCUGUAAAUUUCGUUUUUACGCCACAUGCGCCCGUAAAUAGGACAUUCGACAUAAUUGGAAGUUCUGAAUCUAUAAAUUGUGAAAAUGAUGAGGUAUUAAUAAGAUCUUUAGAUGAAGCUUAUAGAUUUGAUCCUUAUGGUUACCUAUUGUUUGGCGAAUGGUCUGAAUCGAUUGGACAUUCUUGUCAUUUUUCAAACUUUGACUCGAAAUUGACAGCUUUCAUUGUCUUCUCAUUGGUUGCAUCGCUUGUUUUUGUCGUCAUGGUUUUUUAUUUGUAUCGAAAGAUAAAGGACAUGAAGGAUAUUCUUAUUCAAAUGCCACCUGGUUUAGAAGACUUAACAAGCGAUAAAUUGAAAAAGGGUAAGGAUCUGAAUUCUGAGAAAAAUGGCAAGCCAGAUUUGUUGCACAAUGUCGAUAGUCAAUUUAUAACAAAUGAAGAUGAGCAUGGUCGGUUACUAAGAGGAUCUUUAAAUGGAAGUAUCAAUGGAAAUGAUUGUAGUAGCAGUAUGCGUAGUGAAAGUAUGAGAAGUGAUGGUGAAACUGUCGAUGCUUUAGAUGAUAUUGAAUAUGAUGGAUUUGGACAACAUCCUGUGAAUACAAAUGGCAAUAAUCGUCAUUUUGGAAACGAUAAGAUUCCGAAUUUCUUACUAAAUACAGACGUUCCAAUCAUGCCAAUUUUGAUUUCGCCUGAAGCAAUUUCAGCAUCAACGCCAAUAGUUGAAAAAUGCCCGAAACCAACAACCAUCGCAAUAAAGACUAACAAUAGUGGAUAUGUAGCACCACCAACAAGUCAUAGAAAUCCAGUUCCUAUUAAUAAUGGCUAUGUAACUCAUUCAAUGAUGAAUCCAAUGCAGUCAAAUGGAUACACGCAAGUGAAUCAUGCAUUCGGAAAGCCAAGCAUCAAAAAUGACUUUACAGAUAAAUUCAGCGCUAAAACAUUGCCGAUGAUUGUAGCAACAACAGAUCAAGAAGGAAUUUCUGGAUAUGUGACACACAAACAGUUAUCAGACUUUGGACAUCGUAUGCAGUAAACAAGCAUCAUGGCAGUGAUGAAUGGGAAAUCUCUUAAAAAAAGUUUACAUAAUAUUUAGCGGUAAUUGUUCAUUACAAUGUAAAAACACACAUCCCCACACACCCACAAAUUGCAUGGAAUGAACCCCUAAAACAUAAGAAGAAAAGCAAAAAUAUUUUUUAAUGUAUAGAGACUCAGUAUAUUUAUAAUUAAUGAUUAUUUGAUGAGAAUGAUCGACGUGAGAAAGAAGUAAUAAUUUUUUUCAAGAUUGAAAUCGAUGGAUAAAUUAAGAUCGAGAUGAUUGCAAAGAUGGAACGAAAAAAAAACGAAUGCAAAAGUUUUUGUUGCUCAAAUUUUUUUAAUUAAAAUAUUGAUAUAUAUAGAGAAUAUAUAUAAUUAAGUAUUGAAUAAAAAGCAGGUAAAAUGAAAGUUGAAGAAAAUAAAAAUUUACGAGAGAAACCUUAGAACAAAUAAAUUAGUAACUAAGGAUAUUGAUUUAAUUAAAUAAAAAGUUAAAGAUAAACAAAUCAAAAAGUUAUGAAUUUAUUUAAGGUGAACUCUGCUGGAAAUUUGAAUUUGAGGCACGCGUUUUGUCGUCAACAUCGAAUAAGCCUAAUUAUCAUUCAUUAAUUGGUUUUUAAGAACUUUGCAUAAUUGAAUCAAAACAAUGAUUUUUGGAUUCGUAGCUUUACUCAUGAAUAAAAAAUUAAAUGGAGAUCGGGUUUUUGUGAGUAUAAUUCACAAGUUAAGUGUAAUUUUUUACAAACACGGAAUUCCUGGAAUUCUAUCGUCCCU